CUGUGCAGGUUUCACUUCGCUCCGCGCAGCCUCCAGGUCUUGGUCUUGUGAAACCGCUCCGUCUUGCGUCGCCGCCGCCACCACUGCCACCGGAUUCUCACAGUCACCCUGCGCGCCCCAGCCCAACUGCGGCCAGCAUCGCCGCGGGCUGCUCGCUUCGUCCCGCUCCCGCCGCCACCCCCUCGGCGCCCUUUCCCUGGCCCUGGUCCCCCCAAUGUCUGACUCUGACUCUCGGACUGAGAAACGCAAGAAAAAAAGACCAAAUGGCAAAGCAACCUUCAGAUGUAAGUUCUGAGUGUGACAGAGAAGGUGGACAAUUGCAGCCUGCUGAGAGGCCUCCUCAGCUCAGGCCUGGGGCCCCUACCUCUCUACAGACAGAGCAGCAAGACAGGAGCCCGGCACCCAUGAGUUGUGACAAAUCAACACAAACCCCAAGUCCUCCUUGCCAGGCCUUCAACCAUUACCUCAGUGCAAUGGCUUCCAUGAGGCAGUCUCAGGCUGUACCUGCAGAUAUACGCCCGGAGAUAUGGAUUGCGCAAGAGUUGCGGCGUAUUGGAGACGAAUUUAAUGCAUAUUACCCAAGGAGGGUCUUUUUGAAUAAUUACCAAGCAGCCGAAGCCCACCCCCAAAUGAUUAUCUUACGACUGUUACGUUACAUCGUCCGCCUGGUGUGGAGAUUGCAGUGA